CGGGGCCUGCCAGCCGAGGCCGACUCUCCCGGGCCGCGGCUGCGGUGUGUCCUCCGUCUGUCGCGGCUCUGGCCCCGCAUUCGGACUAUGGUCUGGAGCAGCGCGUCGCUGGUGUGGACGCGGCUCGCCCGAAGUGGGAGCGGUUUGGCGGGCCGGCUGGGCGGGGCGGCCUCGAGGAUGGGGAGCAGCAUGUCAUCAUCCUUGGAUAAGCCAGCAGCUACUCCCGUGAGCCAGAUCCAAGAAACAAUUUCUGACAAUUGUGUGGUGAUUUUCUCAAAAACAUCUUGUUCUUACUGUACAAUGGCAAAAAAGCUUUUCCAAGACAUGAAUGUUAACUACAAAGUGGUGGAACUGGACAUGCUUGAGUAUGGAAACCAGUUUCAAGACGCGCUUUACAAAAUGACUGGAGAAAGAACCGUACCAAGAAUAUUUGUCAAUGGAACUUUUAUCGGAGGUGCCACCGACACCCAUAAGCUUCACCAAGAGGGGAAGUUGCUUCCACUGGUUCAUCAGUGCUAUUUAAGAAAAAAGUAAAAGAAUUUCAGUGAUGGUGUUUGAGGAUGUUUAUAUAUAUGAAUUAUCAUCAUGAAAAAGUUGUAAAAAUAAUGAAUAAAUCACUGUGGAAACUUCA